AGUAACCUGAGCAUUGCAGACAGACUUAGCAGCAGGUUCCAGGCUCCUGAACAAAAGUCAGCACAAGUUGUUGCCUUAUGAACAAGAAACAAAUCCAAGAUUUCAGCUAUUGGCAUUAGGAAGACAAGGAUUCAGCUUCCAUAAUGCCUCUGAGGAAGAAAGUGAGACCAAGUUCUGCUUCUGGGAAGUUAGAGACCUCCAUGCUGACUAGCAUUCUGAAUGAGCUAACAGAGCUGACAUCAACAAAAGACUCUCUGUUUGGAAGGGCGCAGACUUCAUUAGGAGGCCCCAAAUUGCAAACUGCCUCUCCAGUUUCUAUUGGCAGCUUCUCAGAAGGCCAAAAGAAUAUUCCCAGACCUCCAGAAUGGCUGGUGAGGGAAUUGCUGAAACGGCAGCAAAGGAGUCACUCCAUUGGACUCAUGGAAAACAUCUCAGAGAGCGAAAGUAUUCACCACCGUGCCGAUUCCUCCCGAAGUCACUGGAAAGGCAAAAUCGAACAGCAGAUUACUCUUGAUCAGCUGCAGAAACUAUACACAGCCUUUCAGGGAUUGGAAACAAGUGGACAUAAAUCUGUGGAUGUAGAAAGCUUCAAGCACAUAUUAAAGACAUGUGCAGGGUCACAUAAUACAACUGAUGAAGAAAUGGAAAAACUAUUCAUGAAAAUAGACUAUUUGGCAACUGGCAACAUUCAGUGGCAUGAUUUCUGCACAUACUUGCAGAUAGAAUAUGCUGAAUUGGACAGUUCAUCUGCACGCCUAAAAGAGGUCGCCUUUUCACUUCCUGCCACAAUGCAAGAGAUCCCACAUGGAGAGCCUGUACUACGCAUUUGCUCCCUGGUGGAUAGCACAUUAAUAACAGCACAAGAAGAUGGGCAAAUUUCCUUCUGGUCACCAGAGUUCAAACUCAAACGAAGCAAGAUGGUGUUUGAGAAAAUUCACAGAAAAUCUAAGUGGUUGAUGGACUUUACUGUCAUGACACCAUACAAUAAACUAAUUCUGGGAACUGGGGAUCGUGAACUUCAGUUCUAUGAAAGCUCCAACUUUGAACCCUACCUUCAGAUUAGUGGCUUGGAAGCCAUACCUUUGAAUCUAGAUUACUGCUGUACAGACCAUGAUGAAUGUAUGAUUCUUUAUGGUGAUGACCAGGGAUGUGUCAAUAUCUUGCAGUUACAUUCUGUGGGUGAGACCCUGAGGACAUGGAAGAAGCUGCCCAAAGUGGACAGUCUCCCUAAUAUAAGGCUUGAGAGUGCUAUACUUUCUCCAAAUGUCACUUACAUCCGUUGGAAAGUUCAUGGAGACUGGGUGACUCAGCUGAAUUACUAUGAUUCUAUUAAGGCAAUAAUUUCUGCAUCAAGCCAUGAGCCUACAGCCUUAGUAAUAGGGUGCAUUGUGGGAGCUACCAAUGUUGAGCAACAAAUGAGAGAAAUAAAAGAAAAUAAGAAAGAUUCAAAGACGAAGAAAGUACAGGAAAUGCUAGGAACUCCUUCCCAGAGAGCUGAAGGGGAUCAGAUUAUUUUUCGGAUUCAUAAAGGAGUCAAAACAUUUGCAGUUAAUAAAAAGAACAAUGCCAUAGUAACUGGUGGAAUGGAUCGAAUUAUUCGAAUAUGGAAUCCAUACAUGCCUGGAAGACCCACAGGCAUGCUCAAAAGUCACAUGGCCCCCAUUUUCUAUGUCUACAUAUCUGAGGAGGAUAAAAUAUUUUCCAUAUCAACAGACAACACAGUUAAGAUAUGGGAUAUGGAGGAUCAAACUUGCUUAUUCACUGCUUGUUCAAAAAACAAUGGAAUUAAAGGAGAGAUUACUACUUGCCAUUAUAUAUCAGGCAUUCGAUCACUCUGUGUUGCCACAGAUACACUGGCCAUUCUUCACCUAAGAUUACGUAGAUCAGCUCCAGAUCCUUAUAUAGUAACUUCCCAUAAAAAACCAGUUUCAUGCUGCAAAUUCAACAAAGUAUUCAGGCAUGUUGUGAGCUGUUCUGAAGAUUCUGUGGUCAAGGUGUGGGAUUUCGAAAGUGGAAAGCCUGUAUUUGAAUUUGGUAAUGCUCAUGGUGAUUCUGCAAUUACAUGCCUCACAUUUGAUUUCAGUGGAAGAAGACUCAUUACUGGAGGAAAAGAUGGCUGCUUGAAAAUAUGGAAUUAUAAUAAUGGACAGUGUCUUCACACUUUGAAAAAGGAAGACAGAUGUGAUGAAGUUCGUGACUGUGCUUAUGUGGAGAUCAAUAAAAAUGAGUAUAUCAUAGGUGUGGGAUGGGACAGAAGAAUAAAUUUGUUUUAUGAUUCCACCAACGAUUUCUAUCAUAUCAGGAAACCGCAACUCCACUGGCAGGAUGACAUAAACUGGGGACACAAAGAAGACAUUCUCUGUGUUGCUCAGUGUCCCCCUAAUCUCCUUGCAACAUCCAGUUAUGAUGGUGAAAUUAUUGUUUGGAAUAUGGUCUCAGGUCACAUAGACCAUAGAUUCUGUAUUCCAAUAACCACAACUGCCUCUGUUCAUUCUCAAAUUGAUGUGACACGGAUAAUUUUUCUAAAGACUCGUGCUGUGAAAUUUGAUUCAACUACUGCAUCUCUGGUUUCCAAUGGGCCACCAGGUUAUCUGCAUUUCUGGAGUCUGUUUUCAGAGGAUUCACUAAUAGCAAGUUUUCAACCAUCUAGGGGAAAAUCCCUGAUCAGCAGUAUUGCUGUGACUGCAGAUGAUUCGUAUAUAUAUGCAGCUGAUGAAGAUGGUUAUGUGUAUGUCCAUGACAUCCAAAAUUAUGCCUUUCAGGAUACAAAAGAAGAAACACCAAAAUAUGUGAACCAUUGGCGAGCUCAUUUAGGUCUGGUUCUAACGUUAGAAGUUAUAGAUGAAGAUAAUAUCCUUUUAUCCUGUUCUAUUGACUGUACAAUUCGUUUGUGGAGUCUGAAUGGAGAGUACAUUGGAACCUUUGGCCAGGAAGAACCUUGGGAAAUUUUUAACACAUCCUCCUGGAAACAUCCCAUGGUCCCUUAUGAGAUUUUGAUAGAUCCACAGAGUAUGCCCAUACAUCCGAUGCUGGAAGACACUUCCUCUGACAUGCAGAUCAUUAGUCAAGAUGAGAAUAAAAAUCCUUCCAAGAAAACUACCUGUAACUCACACUCCUCACAAAUUACUGUUACUGAUGAGGACAUUGAAGAAGAAAUUAACAAGAGGCUUUACUCACAAGCGUCAAGCAGACGGAUGAAGCAUGAGAGAUCCAAGCUUUCAAAUAGAUGGAUUAAACACAAGGGACCAAGCAUUUAUCAUGCCAUCGACUAUUAUGAAAUUGACAAUUUCCAAGGAAACUGUGAGAAACCUGACCUGUCUGUCCUUGGGGUAGACAUAUUCAGUGCUAGUUAUCAAGGAGCAACGGAGCAGUAAUAUACCAAAACACAUCAGUAACUUGUUAAUCUUAUAACUGACAUUUACAUAAUUGAAAAUUUUUUCCAUUAAACCUAAUAUAUGGUAUUA